AUGGCAAGUGUUCUACAGUCCAUUUUGACCAUCAUUGUAACUGUGGUGUUUAUUGUUGGAAAUUUUGCCAAUGUCUUCAUAUCUCUGGUAAAUUGCUCUGACUGGGUGACCAGACAAAGGAUCUAUGCAGUUGAUGGAAUUCUCACUGCUCUGGCUGUGUCCAGGAUUGUUUUGCUUUGGAUAAUGUUUAUAGGUUGGUUUUCAACUCUGUUUAAUCCAGUUAUAAAUAUUGGAAUUACUUCUCAUGUUCUCUGGACAACAGUCAAUCAUUUUAGUACUUGGAUUGCAACUAGCCUCAGCAUAUUUUAUUUGUUCAAAAUAGCCAGUUUCUCCAGUCAUAUAUUGCUUCAACUAAAGAAGAGAUUUAAAGGUGUUUUUGUAUCAACAAUAUUGGUGUGUUUGAUAUUACUUCUUUAUACACUUGUGGUCAUUUCUAUAAAUGAGAGGACAAGGAUGAAAGAGCAUGAAGGAAAUGUGACUUGGAAGACAGAGCUGGGGACCACUGUCUUCCUUUCUUUCCUGAGGGGAGUUACUCUAGUGCACUUAAUACCCUUCGUAACUUCCAUUGUCUGUUGUCUGUUGUUAACUUAUUCUCUCCAUAGACAUCUUAGUCAAAUGCGUCAGCACAGCAAAGGAUCCCAAGAUCCCAGCACCGAGGUCCAUGUAAAGGCUUUGAAAACUGUGGUCUCCUAUCUUUUGUUAUUUGCCAUGUAUUCUGUGUCUAUAAUCAUAUCUGGUUGGAGUUUAGGUUGGUUUUGGAAUGAAACAGUUUACUUGCUUUUCCAGACUCUUGCAAUCAUGUAUCCUUCAAGCCAUUCAUGUGUCCUGAUUUGCGGAAACAGGAAACUGAAAGGAGCAUUUAUGUUGGGUGUGUGGCAGGCAAGGUACUUGCUGAACAAAAAGAAGCCUUCAAAUCCUUAUCAAUAA